CUCUUCUAUGUAUCAGUUACGCAACCCCCUUUUCUUCCUCGCAAAAUUUGUCGUCACUGUUCCUCAUAAUUUUCUACGCUCUUUUCUCCCCAUUCCCCUCCACCGCUCUCCUUCCAUAAAUUCCUCCUCAAUGUCAACUUUCUUUCUUUUCCCUUCUCUUUCCCUUUCGCUUCAUUUACUCCUUUCGUUUUCCCAACAUGCCUUCCUCUUUCCUUGCUAAUUCAGCCUCUAACGCUUCCUGCGCUCCUUCCUCCUCCCAAAACGAUACCGUUUCGCCCUCCACUUCCUCCGAUAUGUGGAACUACCUCUGGAUCCCCAUUCUCAUCUCUCUUUCUAAAGAGCUCUCUCCUGCUAAAGCUGAGUCAACUAUUCUUCUUCCUAGUCAACGACAACAACGAACUGAAGACUCCGUGUCUACUUUGACUGUCCCCCUUGCCCGUUGUCCCCGGCCCGACGCUAAGCUUAAUUACCGGCCGGUCAUCGGGAUUUUAAGUCAUCCUGGUGACGGCGCGUCAGGUAGGUUAAAUAAUGCGUCGAACGCGUCCUAUAUUGCGGCUUCGUAUGUAAAGUUCGUUGAAUCGGCCGGUGCUCGUGUGAUUCCUUUAAUUUAUAACGAACCUGAAGAAAUUCUAUAUCAGAAGCUGAAGUUGGUGAAUGGCGUCUUGUAUACCGGAGGUUGGGCCAAAUCUGGUUAUUACUACGAGAUUGUUGAAAGAAUUUUCAAGAAAAUUUUAAAGAAGAAUGAUGCGGGAGAUCAUUUCCCAUUAUAUGCUAUUUGCUUAGGCUUUGAACUUUUAACAAUGAUCAUCAGCAAGAACACAAACAUUCUUGAAUCAUUCAAUGCAGCAGAUCAGGCAUCAACUCUCGAGUUCGUGAGAAACACAAAUAUUGAUGGAACUGUGUUUCAAAGAUUUCCACCAGAUUUGCUUAAAAGGUUGAGCACAGAUUGUCUUGUCAUGCAAAACCACCAUUAUGGCAUUUCACCCGAGAGAAUGCAAGCGAACUUGGAUCUAUCUAGGUUUUUUAAGAUUUUGACAACAAGUGCUGAUGGAGAUGAGAAGGUCUAUGUCUCCACAGUACAAGCAUAUAACUAUCCUGUGACUGCUUUCCAAUGGCAUCCAGAGAAAAAUGCUUUCGAGUGGGGGUUAUCGGGAAUUCCUCACUCAGAGGAGGCCAUUCAGGUGACUCAACAUGUUGCAAACUAUUUUAUAAGUGAGGCUAGGAAGUCAAUGAACAGACCACCUGCUCGAAAAGUGCUUGACAACCUUAUUUACAAUUACAGUCCCACCUACUGUGGAAAGGCUGGGAAGGGAUAUGAUGAAGUAUACAUUUUUACAUGACUUUAAUCCACUGAAUUCUGUAAAGGUUACGAUUGUAACAACUUGGAAAAUGUAAUGUUGAUGUCGACGAUACUCAUUGUGAAGGACUAUUUUUAGACCA